CAUCGAUUUCGAGUUUUCGGGCAAUGCAUAUUCAGGAUUCAAGGAUUCAGUCUAAAUGUUGACUUCGAAUCGGACGCCAGGGCAUCGAUUUUAGUACAUAGGUUCAAUUCGAUUUCAAGGGCCCCGAGGGCGAGCGAUGUUCCUGAAACGGAAAUGCCGCAAGAGAAACGCCAUCCGCCGGAGUCGCGGAGGCAACGUGGCCUCCAGACAUUGGUCAUCUUUCGGCGCAGCCUCAUCUAUCAGACAAAGGAGUUCUUCCAGAACUCGACGCUCCACGGAGUGCGUUAUAUCGCCGAAACGGGCCGCCCCAUUGGCGAGAAAUUCAUGUGGUUCUGUUUCACAUCGAUCGGUGCCGUCACAGCGCUAGUCAUCAUCAUGAGCCUCUGGGAGAAGUUCCAGACCAAUCCGACCAUCACGGGCCUGGACACGGACUUUCACAACCAGAACGUGGUCUUUCCCACCACCGUCGUCUGUCCGGAGGCAGCCUUUGACCAUGACAAGACCUAUGAGAAGGUCUACAAUACACUGGCGAACUACGACGAGGCCCAGGCUCAAAUGUAUACCCCAUUCCUGCGACUGCUGACCUCCUUGAACUUCGAGAGCAUCCGGGAUGCCAAGGUGCUGUCCCAGUCGAUUCCGCAGAAUCUGCUCGAUGCGAGCACUAUCCGGGAAUGGGCCUUCGAGGGACAUAUCAGCUGCGAGAGCACCUUCGUGUCCUGCAAGUAUCGCGACGAGGAGAUACCCUGUUGCGACCACUUCGAGCCCAUUUACACAGAGCACGGCUUUUGCUACGCCUUCAACAGUCGCUUCAAGUCCACGCCCACCGAAGAUGUCAAGACCGGGGCACCUCAUGAUCUCUACGAAACCGACAAGAAGUGGGCGCUCUUCUUUGUGCCCAAUAGCACUGCUAGUAUCUUUAUAUUCUCAAACGAGGAGUACUUCGGUUCGGAUUUCAAUGCCCAGAUCGAUUGGUCGGAGCCGCAGCUGGUGGAGGUGAGGAUCUCGAAGAAGAAUACCUACACCACGGACGAUGCCCGCCAGCUGUCCAUUGGGCAGAGGAAGUGCAUCUUUAGCGACGAGGUGAAGCUCAACUAUUUCCCGGAUGCGUACACCUUCUCCUCCUGCAUGAAGCAGUGUCGCAUGAACAAGGCCAUCAAGCUCUGCAAGUGCAAUCCGCCCUUCUACAAGCCCAUUGCAAAUGUGCCCAUGUGCACGGUCAAAGAUUUCGAUUGUCUCGAUGAGUUCAAGACGAACAUCACGAAUAUCAAGGACUGCCUGCAAUGCGAGCUCAGCUGCUCGAAGACGGUCUUCAAUAUUGAUAAGCUCUUAAAAAUAGUAGAUCGACCAGAAGCCGCAGGUGUGCUGGUGGAGUUCCUCACCUGGCCGAUUAUUCGCUAUAAGCGUGAGGUCCUUUUCGGAUGGGUGGAUCUGCUGGUGUCCUUUGGCGGAAUCGCGAGUCUUUUUCUCGGAUUCUCACUGCUUUCGGGCGUGGAGAUUAUAUAUUAUUUUACUUUGCGCGCCUGCUGUAUGGUCUAUAAAAAUCGGCAAGAGCUAUAUGAGAUCGAGGAGCAAAUCCGUCGGGAGCCACCGCCCAAAAUAGACUUGAAAUUGACUUUAAAAUCGCACUCAAAGCCAAAGGUUGGGGACUUGCCCCAUUCGGCGGUGCUGAAGGUAAAACCAGCGGAGGAAAGCGCGGAAAAACCAAAUCCUUUGGGGGGCUAUCAGAGGAAGGUUCGUCCAUUUAAAUACCUAAUUGCGAUAGACUAAAAUAGAAACAAAUUUCAGGACUAUUCAAUCCAGACAAAGAACUAUUAUAAAACACCUAAAGUCUUGCCCGACUAUGGAUAUACAAGUAAUACGAAAAAUCCUUGGACAACUUACGAUCACUCGCAAUAUAUGCCCUAAUAAAAAUUGUUUUUUUUAAUAAAAACUAA